ACUACCCUCCACCGUUUCUCAACGUAGCUGUGUCACCAAAUCCUAUUGUCUCUGACCAGAGUGCUACUUUCAACAUUUCCGGAACAACGCCAGUUGACAUUCCCAAAAAUUCCGCCGUUUUAGUCGAAUUUUUCAACGCCGACUUUGACCAGAA